AUGAGAUGUGUUGCCCACAUUUUAAACUUGGUGGAGCAAGAUGGUAUUAAAAAGGUUGAUAAGCCGGUUGAGAUAAUUAGAUGGGCGGUAAAGUGGAUUAGGCAAUCACCUUCAAGAAUUGACAAAUUCACCAAGUUUGCUAAGCUUGUUAAUUCGGGUACAACGAAACACUUGGUAAGAGAUGUUCCAAAAAGAUGGAACUCUACUUAUCGUAUGUUGAAUAUUGCUCAAGCUUAUGAAAAAACUUUUGAGAGAUACGAUCUAGAGGAAUAUGAGUUUCGUUCCGACAUUGAAAACGCGGAUUUAUCGAUUCCUUCACCGAGCAAUUGGCAACAUGAUUUCCGGGACACUAUAUGUGACAUCAAACACGUGUGCAUUGAAGGUAUUUAUUCCAUUCGUACACUUUUGGAUGAUGCUAUUUCCGAUGCUAGCCUUUGUGAUAUUGCAUUGACAAUGAGAGUGAAGUUUGAUAAGUAUUUUGGCGACGUAGAAAAAAUGAAUUUAUUGCUCUACUUUGCUUUGAUUUUUGACCCGAUGAACGAAGUAAAGUAUUUGGUUAUAUUACUUGAGGAUCGUUAUGGAAAAGAAAAGAUGGAGGAGAAAAAGAAAUAUAUUAUGGAUUCUAUGUAUGAAUUUUAUAAUGAUUACAUUAGAAUUCAUUCUCCAAGUACUGCCGGGUCUAGUAAUUCAUCGUCGAGUUUAGGGAAACGCCAAAAUCCGGAUGCUACGACACCAAAACCACCAUUGAGAAAUAAAAUAAGAGAAAAGAUGAAAACAAACAUAGUUGAAUCAAUUGGUGAGUCAGAAAAGUAUUUGAAAGAAAGUUUUGAAGAAGAUUCGUCAAUGUUUAACAUUUUAGAGUGGUGGAAAGUGAAUAGUCUAAGAUUUCCGAUUCUAUCCUUGAUGGCUAAAGAUUUGUUUGCCAUUCACGUCUCAAUUGUGGCUUCAGAAUCUGUUUUUAGCACUAGCGGGAGGGUUUUGGAUCCGUAUUGGAGUUCUUUGACUCCUAAGAUUGGUUUCAGGAUGGUAUAA